UUGUGUACGCAACACUAGAUGCGCGCCAUCUGUGAAAGGUGAACGGAACUCGUAGAUUAUGAAACGUUAACUGACCGACCAUGGAGGAUAUGAAAUGAGGUGAUCGGCACCAAUCGGCACGGAGGAUCGAAUCGAUCGAAUCGCGAGAGAAGCGAAGCGCGAUCGUCGUUGGCCAGUAGGAACAACGAAUCGGCGGCCGUUCCGAAUCUCAUUCCGGACAACGUUGUUGAGUGCAAGUCGAGCCCCGAUCUCUCGUCGGGACGCGGUUGGAAAUCAGCUGAUGACGUAACACGCGACGAGCGCAAAGAAGAAACGUUAGCGUUGUGUCUUGUGUCUUCUCGUCGGUGUUGGUGGGCGCGAGACUUGCGCGAGACGAAGUAUGGCGUAGCAUUCGCUUCCCUGGUCUCUUUCGUCGAACAGUCAUAAUCGAGAGCGAUUUAGAGUUUCACGGUAUUCCUACUCCCCGGUGGUUUCGUUCGUCCAUCGUUUCGUUAACGUUGAUCGACGCGAGCGUUUCGUGCGUGUGCCGCGACGUUUCUGACUGUGAACCGCGACCAGACCGACUAUCUACCGUCGACUCGGCGGUGUUCGCCGAAACCCCAAACGGUCCGUUCGUUGCACGAGAGCGGCCGUGGGCAGCAGACACGGAUCUAUCUUCUUGCAGGAGACCGAAAGAACGUCGGGCGACGAACAGUGCUGCAGGAUGAGCGUCGACGCGUACGGGCCCAGCAGUCAGACCCUGACGUUCCUCGACACCGAGGAAGCAGACUUGAUCGGCGCGGACACGCAGGGUAGCGAGUUCGACUUCACCGAUUUCACGUUACCGUCGCCGAGUCAAACUCAGGCCUCGCAACACGAUGCUGGCCAAAGCCAACCUAGCCAACCCGUGCAGGUCAACGGGACGAGCGGGAGUUCGUCUCUGGACUUGAAGAUCUCCGGAGCGGCGCAGAGCCUUGCCGAGUUACAGUUCGAGGAAGAAGAGGAGGAAGCUUACUACAAUCGUGACCUACCCGAACAUGCAUGUAAAUACUGCGGUAUCCACGAAGCGUCCUGCGUCGUUAUGUGUAACGUCUGCCGCAAAUGGUUUUGCAACGGGCGUGGAAACACGUCCGGUUCCCAUAUCAUCAACCAUCUCGUCCGGGCCAAGCAUAAGGAAGUCACGUUGCACAGAGAUGGUCCUCUGGGAGAGACUGUUUUGGAGUGUUACUCUUGUGCUGUUAGGAAUGUUUUUGUUCUCGGUUUCAUUCCUGCCAAGGCAGAUUCGGUCGUCGUGUUACUCUGUCGCCAACCCUGCGCGGCUCAGAGUUCCCUGAAAGACAUGAACUGGGAUCAGGAACAAUGGAAGCCAUUGAUCGAAGACCGUUCGUUUCUGGCGUGGCUUGUGAAGAUCCCGUCUGAGCAGGAACAGCUGCGCGCCAGGCAAAUUUCCGCGCAGCAGAUUAACAAACUGGAAGAAUUGUGGCGGGACAACGUCGACGCGACCUUCCAAGACCUCGAGAAGCCCGGCGUGGACGAAGAACCGCAGCAAGUGCUUCUGCGGUACGAGGAUGGAUACCAGUACCAAAACAUAUUUGGUCCGCUCGUUAAAUUAGAAGCCGAUUACGACAAACGUUUGAAGGAGUCUCAGACGCAAGAGAACAUCGAAGUCCGUUGGGACGUUGGUCUGAAUAAAAAGACGAUCGCCUAUUUCAUGUUGGCUAAGACGGACGGCGACAUGAAAUUGAUGCACGGCGACGAGCUCAGGCUCCGUUAUCUGGGCGAGCUUCACAAGCCCUGGUCCGGGAUCGGCCACGUGAUCAAGAUCCCCGACAACUACGGGGAGGAGGUGGGAAUCGAAUUGAAGAACAACUCCGGGGCGCCGACCGAGUGCGUCAGUAACUUCGUCGUCGAUUUCAUUUGGAAGAGUACGAGCUUCGACCGAAUGCAGUUAGCGUUGCGUAAAUUCGCCGUGGACGACACUUCCGUGUCCGGCUAUAUUUAUCACAGACUGUUGGGGCACGAGGUGGAGGAAGUUCUGUUUCGCUGUCACCUGCCCAAGCACUUCAGCGCGCCGAACCUGCCCGACUUGAACCGGUCCCAGGUGUACGCCGUGAAACACGCCGUACAGAGGCCCUUGUCUCUGAUCCAAGGCCCGCCCGGCACGGGGAAGACCGUCACCAGUGCCACGAUAGUUUAUCAGCUGGUGAAACAGAACGGCGGCCCCGUUCUGGUGUGCGCGCCUUCGAACACGGCCGUGGACCAGCUCACGGAGAAGAUACACAAGUCGAAUCUGAAGGUCGUACGACUCUGCGCGAAAUCCCGAGAAGCGAUCGACUCGCCGGUCAGCUUCCUCGCUCUUCACAAUCAGAUCAAGAACAUGGAGACGAACACCGAGCUACAGAAGUUGCAGCAGCUGAAAGACGAGACCGGGGAACUGUCCAGCGUGGACGAGAAACGUUACAGGCUGUUGAAGAAGGCGGCGGAGAAGGAACUGCUGGAGGCCGCCGACGUGAUCUGUUGCACGUGCGUCGGCGCCGGUGAUCCCAGAUUGCACAGGCUCAAGUUCCAUUCGAUUCUCAUCGACGAGAGCAUGCAGGCCACCGAGCCCGAGUGCAUGGUGCCGGUCGUCCUCGGGGCGAAGCAGUUGAUCCUCGUCGGCGAUCACUGUCAGCUGGGUCCGGUGGUGAUGUGCAAGAAGGCUGCCAGGGCAGGUUUGUCGCAGUCUCUCUUCGAGAGACUGGUCGUUCUCGGCAUCAGACCGUUCAGAUUGGAAGUGCAAUACCGUAUGCACCCGGAUCUCUCGCGUUUCCCCUCGAACUUCUUCUACGAAGGCUCGCUGCAGAACGGCGUGUGCGCCGACGAGAGGAAGCUGUUGAAGAUCGACUUUCCUUGGCCAGCCCCCGACAAGCCGAUGUUCUUCUAUGUUACCCAGGGACAGGAGGAAAUCGCCGGCAGCGGCACGUCGUACCUGAAUCGAACGGAGGCGUCGAACGUCGAGAAGAUAGCGACCAGAUUCUUACGCUGCGGCGUGAAGCCCGAGCAGAUCGGAGUGAUAACCCCCUACGAAGGUCAGAGAGCUUAUCUGGUUCAGUACAUGCAGUAUCAGGGAUCCCUGCACUCGAAACUUUAUCAGGAGAUCGAGGUAGCCAGCGUGGACGCGUUCCAAGGCAGGGAGAAAGACAUAAUAAUCAUGUCGUGCGUACGAUCGAACGAGCAUCAGGGUAUCGGGUUCCUGAACGAUCCCCGCAGGUUGAACGUCGCGUUGACCCGCGCAAAAUAUGGGAUAAUCAUCGUGGGCAAUCCGAAGGUGCUGUCGAAGCAGCCGCUGUGGAACCACCUGUUGAGCUUCUACAAAGAACAGAAGGUCCUCGUCGAGGGACCGCUGAACAAUCUCAAGGAAUCGAUGAUCCAGUUCGCGAAACCAAAGAAGCUCGUGAACGCCGCUAACCCGGGCUCCCAUUUCAUGUCGACCUCGAUGUACGACGCGAGAGAGGCUCUGAUUCCGGGAUCGGUCUACGACCGGUCCGGUGCUCAAGUGAACGGGACGCAGAAUCACAAUCCUUACUAUCAGAGAAACGUGCCUUUGGACAUAUUCAGCAGGACCCACGACACUAUCAGCUACAUCAGCCCGGAAAGAGCGCAGGCGGCGAUGAACAACGUGCCGGUCCCCGUGGGGAUGUUCAUGAACAUGGCCCACGUGCCGCCCCGUUUCUACAACCAGCACCAGCAGGCGUUGCAGGCUAGACAGAAUCAACGGAAUCGCAGGGGAGCCGCCCCGUCGAAGAACAAGCAGGGUGGCCCGCGCAUGGGCAAGCUGAGCCAAACGGAGCAGAACACCCAGCCGUAUAGCCAGCCCGGCUUGCCGUUGACCCAGGGCACCACGCAAGGCAUGUCCCAGCCAGGUUUCAGUCUAUCCCAGCCCGGUCUGAGUCAGGCGGAGCUUUCUCAGGACUCGUUCGCUGUCGGGGAGUUUCAAUCGCAGAUGGACGGUUUGUUGUCGCAGGACUCGACGUACCAGGGCGAUCGAAGUGGUUUCUAUCAGUCCGGACAGUCACAAGCCGGGGGACAGUUCUCCCAGCCAUACUGAGCCGAGAUCGUACGGCUGAGCAACGCAAUUGCUAUGCAGCGUCGCGGGAGCGACUGAAGGCUCGUUCGACCAAUUCUUCUUCGACCAACAACCACAAAUCACUAACUGCGCGAAACGGUAAAACGGCUCGGCGAUCGAGUACGGUUACGAUUGUUGCACACGCAGUCGUCGGCGUUUUAAAAAAAGAGGAUUUUUAAAACAAAAAAAAAA